GCACUCUUUCCAUUGAAGAGGCAUGGUGCGAAGCCAAGCCUCAUACUAAGCUUUGAGCCUGAUUACCGUUGCCUUUUCAGGCCCCCUCCCAAGCUUAAAAAAUCCUUACAAACUACCGAAGCAAACUCACUGAAAGCUACAAACCAGUCUGCUGCCUUCACUGAGAAUCAUCCUAGGCGCUUGGGGCUGCACACUCAUAUUUGCCUACAGGUUGAAAAAAAAAAAGUUAAGGAACUUUUACUACUAACUGAAAAUGUUUCAUUCUAUCCCGGGAGCCGUUAUGGACGAAAAAUUACAGCUAAGAGAGCUCAACAAACGUCUCGAGGAGUACCUCUCCAGGGUGAGGCAGCUGGAGGAGGAGAACCUGCUGCUGGCAGAGGAGAUCAGUGCCCUGCGGAGUGAGCAGCAGGCAGGCUGGCAGCGAAGUUAUGGGACAGAAAUCAGUGACCUGAGGCGCGAGCUGGGAGAGCUUCGCACGGACACCUUGCUGGCGGAGAGGGACAGGGAUCGGCUACGGCAAGAGCUGGCAGAAGUCCGUGGAGUAUGCAAUGAGAUACAGGCAGAACGUAAGGCGAUCGAGGCUGAGCUGGUCCGCCAGCAAAAGGAGCUGCAGCAAGCAGACCUCGCCUGCACAGCUCUGGAGGACCUCCUGCGUCGCCUCCGCGGGGAGUACGAUAGGCUAGGGGACUCACAGGAAAGGGAGCUCUUGGAACUGAGGCAGCAGGUGAGCAGCAUGCCCGCACGGACCACUCUUUCCAAGUCAGUUCAGUACCAUCCCACCCUGAACUUCGCGGUGCCAGAGUAUGAUGACUACAAACAUGGAUUGGUAGACUCGUGGAGGGAGACCAUCGAACAUUACCAAAGAAAGAUCCAAGAACUGGAAGAAGGGGUGCAGGACGAUGAGCAACGGCUAGCCGAUGUAAAUGAAGAAAAUAAACACUAUGCUCAUCGGGUGCAGGGGUUAAGUCAAGAAUUGGACGAACUGGACGGUAUCCGACAUGAGCUGGAGGAUGAACUAUUGCAGCUUAGAGAGGCUAUCCAGCAAGAGGUGGAGGGUUACUUGGUAACAAUAGAUGAACUGGAAGAUGAGAAGCAAGCUCUUUCUGCAGACCUUACACUGCACUUAAAGAAGCAACAGGAGCUCAUGCAGGUGAAAAUGGGCCUGAAUCUAGAGGUUGCAGCCUAUAGGGCCUUGUUGGAAGAAGAAGAAUGCAACCCAGAAACCGAUUUGUGGACUGAACAAAGUACAAGAAAACCAUCACCAGGAGUUGGAACAAGAACAUAUCAGUACAGCUUCAGUGAUUCGGCAGCCAGAAGAGAAACUAAUCGAAAAGUUUUUCCUGUUACAAGGACUACAGUAAUUGACAAAGACAGAUAUUUCAAGCCAAUAAAGAGUGUAAUAUCUGAAACAAUAAAAACAAGCAAUAAAAGCAGAUUGCCAGAAAAAAAGUUGACUGGUUCAUCUGUGACUAUUACCGAUCACGCCCCUUUUAUCAGAAGCACGCAGUUUCAUCAUGAUCCAGUUCUGUUUUCUGCACCAGUACAAGAGCAGAAAAGCAUGUUAUUUCAGAAAACUACAUUCAGAAAAGGUGAGACUGAAAAAGAGGCUACAAAGCCUUCAACAGCAGCAACAAAAGUUUCAAAAAUCGUUGUUCAGGGCUCCAGUGAUAUCCAGAAAGACAGACCAGAAAUAACACUUGUUGAAGAAAAAGCAUCAAGAUCAAAGGGAUCAGGUAGAAUAUCUGGUGAAGACAAAGAAAAGUUAUUCAAAGAAAGAGCCAUAGAAGUACAAACUCCUAAUGAUAAACAAAUAGAAAGAGAGGCUUUUGUGGCUGAACAGCAGAUCCUUUCUAGUAUUUCUACAAAGCCACUUAUCUUUGGACAAGUUUCAGAAGGCAGAGAAAUUCCGAUAACUCUAUUAGGUUUGCAGAAGGAUACAACUACUCCAGAAAUGCUUGCUGGAGACAGAGAUUCCAACCUGGCAGAAUCUCGUUUUCCACUAGAGGGUAAGUCAACAAAGCAAUCUGAAAUAAUAUGUACAGUGGAGCAGGAUGCCAGUAAAAAUGAAAUCCCUGUGGAAAUAAAAAGUGAGGAAUAUUUGACUUACCAACAAAUUCCUUUCGGUAUAUCCUCACAGCCAGUCAUAAUGGAACCCCUAUCAGAAGAUAGAGAAGUUGAAAUAAGUUCAAAGAGUGAUAUCAGUUAUCCAGAAACAUUAUCAGAAGGUAUAAAAUCAGAACAGGAGAGUUUCAGAGUAUUACCAAUUGAUAUAUCAGUUAAUAUAUCAGAAGAAAGAAGAACAGAUGACAAGGUCAGUGAUGAUUACCAAACCACAAAGCAAGCUGUACAAAGUCUGGCUGAGGAAAAUACCAUGCAACAGCUCUCUGAAAAUGUUACUGAAAGAGAUGCAAGGGAAAGACCAGAUGACUAUUCACAUGGCAUAGAAGUAACUUUACCAGCAAGUGAAUCAAAUGUUCAAAGUCAAAAAGCAAAUGACAUACUUGGAUCUGCAAAAGAAACACAACUGGAGUAUAAUGUGGGAGAUAUAAUUCCAAUUACUGAUAUUUUAGGAAAAGUUAUAAAGUCACAAGAUUUGGAAGCAACUCUCAGUUCUCUCCCCGAUGCUGGCAUUACAUAUCACAUUGAUAGACAAGAUGUUGUUGAUGGUGAAUCAAAGAAAACUGAGAUUACUUUCAAAACCUCAUUAAAAGAAGAUAUAGAUGUCUCAGAUGAGUCUGCUCUGUCAAAGUUAUUAAACAAAGAGACUAAGAAUGUAACUCUAGAAGAGAUAAAAGAAACACCAGUGGGGAGCAUAGCACAAAAUCUAAUUGGUCUGACUAUGUCAGGGAAAGAACCAGUGGGGUUAAAAUCAGCAAAUGUUCAAAUAAUUGAAGAACCAUUAGAAUUCCCAAGUAGUCACAAAGAUGUAGGUGACUUUGAAAGAACUUUUAAAAUUGAGGAACUAGAAGGUCAUGGUACAGCUGAAAAAUCAAUGAGUUUCUGUGCGACAACUGAUGAUUUUGGAGAAAGCACUAUACCCGAAGGUAAUGUGGGCAUUGUAGCAGAAGCUAGUGAGUCAGAUAAAAUAAGCUCAGAACCAAUAUACAUAGUGUCCACACCUGAUGACCUUCACCAUGAUGAAACAGCAACCAUUCCAUGCCAUAGAGUUGUUGAAAUUUCAACUGAAUCAUAUAUGCAACCUUCAAAGUUUACUACUGUUAGUAAAUCAAUAGACAUACCAGGACAUUAUGAAACUAAGCUUUACAAAGUAGAAAAUGAGAACACUGAUGAUGCUGGUGUGGAUAUAGAAAAAUAUCUAGCAGCAGAGGGAGAAACCACCAUUGUGGAAGAAAUUAGGGUUCCAUUUGAGGUUCACAAAUCAGUAGUGGAACUUUCAAAACAAGACAGAGGUCCUCAAGUUCAGCUGGAAGAGACACUGGAGUAUCUAAAAGAUAAAGUUUCUGAUAGCUUAAGAGAAAGGAUGUCUUCACUUGCAGGCAGUAACCAAGAUGAUACUGAUAGUUGUACAAUAGAUGUUAGAAAAGUAGAGCAAACAUCUGAUGAUGGCAAAGUAACCAUUGUUGCAGAAGUCAAUGUUAAACAGGAAAUUGAUGCUAAUGAUGCCAGUUUAAUGAGAUCAAGUGAUGACAGUUUAAAUGAGCUAAUUAUGCAGUCAAUAAAUCCAGAAAUCCAGAAAAUAUUAAAAAGUAGAGGUCUGGAAAGUAUAAACAUUUGCAGUGAUAAAGGUGGAACUGAAAUUCCAGACUCUACUACAAGUAUCUUCCAUGAGCCAUUAGAGGAUCAGAUUUCAUGUCAUGUGGUAGAGCAAAAAGGUCAGGCUGGCAAUGAAGAUUCAUCAGAUAAUUAUGAGGUUCAUGAUUUGUAUACUACUGAAAGUGAGGGACAAGUUAUUACUGAAGACCAAAGCAAUGAGGAAACUGCUAGAGUAUCAUUGGAGCAUCUAAAAGAUACAAUUUCUGAUAAUUUAAGACAAGAGCUGUCUUCACAUACAACUUCUUCUCAGGAUGAUACUGAAAGCUGUGCAGUAGAUGUUAGAAAAGUGGAGCAAACAUCUGAUGAUGGUAAUAUAACCAUUGUUGCAGAAGUUGUCUCAAAGGAGCUUGAGGAUGAUGAUGCAGACUUAAUGAAGUCAAGCGACGACAAUUUAAAUGAGCUAAUUAUGCAAUCAAUAAAUCCAGAGAUCCAGAAAAUGUUAAAAAGUAAAGGUCUAGAAAAUGUAAGCAUAUUUACUAGUGAAGAUGGAUCAGAAAUAUCUGGUCCUACUGCAAGCACACUUCAUCUGCCAUUAGAAGAUCAGACAGUAUACCAUGUAGUGCUACAGAAAGGUCCAGAUGGCACUGAACAUUCAUUAUCGAAGUAUGAGGUUCAUGAUGUGUAUCCUUCUAAAAGUAAGGAGCAGGAUAUGAGUGAAGACCAAGAUAUUUCAGAGAUCAGCAGAACAGUAAGACAUGUUACACUUGGCCCAAAUGAGUCUUCCUUUACUUUUCAAAUGGAUGUACCCAGUCUCACUUCAGAAUCUGGCACUGAAGAUGGAACACAGCAUCCAAAGAUCCUUUAUUUGCACAAACAAAAAGGAGCAACUAAUGACAGUGAGGCUGAAAAUAUAUUCGGUUCUGGACAACCUGCCACAGAAAUUGAACACAGUCAAGCAGUGUAUGAGUUUCAGGGAUCACAAGUACCAGAUGAAGAAAGUGCAAACUAUGAUGAAUUAAUAAAAUGCCUACAAUUGCAGAGGAUGGUUGAUCCUAGAUCAGUAAUUAGUGAUGAGAAGAAGAUAGCUGUCAUGUACCUUGAUGAUGAUGAUGAGAACCCCAACCAACAAUUUUAAAACUUAAAUAGACAGUUAUUGCGCCUGAUACUGAAAGUGUUAGUAAUAGUUGUUAACACUGAGCUGGCCCUGCCAAGAAAAUUAUGCAAAAAGAUGUGCAUCACCUAGGCCUGAAAGAAGUUUUUGCUAUGCAAGUCUUGCAAUGCCUCUGAAUAGGCCAGUAUUAUAAUCUUAUUGAUGCUUUUAUAAAUUGCUUACAUAAACUAGCAACUGUCAACAGGUUUUUGUUAGAAAUGGAUGUAAAGCUGAGAUCUGAAAAAGGCAGCAGCCAGCAGCUGACACAAAAUGUUUGUAUUUGUCCUGCAAGCAUUCAUAUUAGGCAGGUUUGAAGUGCUGAGAUUUAACACAUUUUGGCAUACGCAAGGUGAAUGAUGCAUCACUAUAAAAAAAAAUAAACAAAACAAAAGGAUAAUACCAUCCAUGAUUAUCGGGGAUAUAUGUGAAAUAAUGCAGUUUGCUAGUCUCUGCAACUGCAAAGUGACAGUGUUGAACUUCAAACCCAUCAAACAUCAUAAAAGUCUUUGAAGUUACAAGUUUCUGCAUUAAACAGUGUAUUAUUGCUGAUUGUAUGGCCCCCAGUAUUCAUUUGUGCAUAUCGACUGUAGUUCAAAUGGAAGUGAAAGGAAUGUUCUUUCACAAAGGCCUGUUGUAUUAUAAUAGUGGUGAAUGUGUGUGUUACAAUUUUCCUAAAUAUGAUCGAUUUUAUCUGCUUCAGCUCAAGCAAGGCUGGAAUAUUUAUUUACUGGUUGUUAAAACAUCUACAAUUAAUCUUGCUAAUAUUAAGUUUGCUACAUGUACUGAAAUUGCAGAGCGUAUCUAUGAAAUUUACAGACUUGGAUCGUAACGUUUCUUUUUUUAGCAGAUAUAAUGUGUAUAUAAUUUCAUACCAGAUAUAAAAUAUAAUUUCUUUCAUCCAAUAAAGGCUAAUUAUAGUCAACUGAUACAGUCUAAAGUAGGAUUUCAGCUGCUGCUCUCCCACCAAUUAAAAUUUUGAAAGAUUUUCACUAGUGUAUCCAUGCUAGCUCUUAAUAAACACAAACCAUACUGCUGUUGAUAACACAUGCACUGCCCAUCAGCCUUGUAAAACAGCACCUUAUUUUCCUGGCUUGCAGGAAGUUUUAGUACUGGUUCAGGCAGUCUGCACAGAAUGAAUUCUUGUGGUUGAACAGCUGACAAUGGUGCGUUUGUAUAUUAUUCAGGACUUUAUUUUAACAGAGUGUACUAAGUAAACAGAUGCCUAUGAUUUAUUAAGUUUGCUAAGUUGUAGUAGCCUAAAAGUUUUAAUUAGAACUUUGUAUGUAAUAUAUAUGUAAAUCAAGUAAACUCCAUUUUCUCCAUUGUUAUAUCCCUUUACAUCAUAUCAUGCCUGUUGCUUUCUGUGUUUUGGUCAUGCCUAAUAUGGUCACAGCUUGCAUCAGAUCUGAUCUGAAAAGGCAUUUCACUUAGGAUAAAUUACCAUUACUGAGAUUUGAGGAAAAGAUUUGGCCACUUUUAGUAUCCAGCUAUGUUUAGUUAUAUUCAGCCAUACAGCAAAGAUAAUUGUAUUAAAUCAGGGACUGCCAUCCCCUUACUACAUAUUGUUUAAAGAAACCAGUUAAUACAGUUUGUCAAAUCAAGAUUUAAGUAACAUUUGACACAAAGGCACCUUCACUGUACACAUUAGCAGCAACAUAUGCUAUAUCCUUAUACCUUCCAUCUGCUGUAGCCAUCAUGCCUUCUCCUCAUUUACACAAUCACAAACAUCAUCAACAGUUUAUUAUCACAAAGUUAAUUACCUGUUCAUUACUGCGCUGCAGUUUGCUGUAACAUUCGUAAAUAUGUAUUAACUUUUGUCAAUAGUUAAUAGUUUUUAACUUUGCUGUGCCACACCUCACUUCCUGCGUUAUGCUUAUUCAGUGCAUCUUUGGGUAUCUUUCUGAUUCUGUUACCAUACACUUUCUCAAUGUAAAUUCACAUCUCCCAUUCCCAAUACCUCAUUCACUGAAUGUGCUUCUGGAAUUAGUGUAUAUAUAGUACAUCUAGUUUUUGCCUUUUUGCUCAGUCUCUGCUCAGGCUAUUCUCACUGUACCCUUCUGACUAAACUCAACAGCACUAGAUGAAGCAUAGCUUUCAUUCUGUUUUUGGCUCACCUCUUUCUUUUGCACUUUUCACACUUUGUUUUCUUUCCAUUUCCACUACAAUGUUCAGCUAACUUGUAAUGAAUACAUUAAAUGAUUUGAAGUGUUUGAA